AAUUUUUAAUUGAAAUGCACUGCAGAUAUGAGUGAAAUUGUGUAAAGUAACUCCAUCACACUGUUUAAAGCUAUGAUACAUUCUUUGAUAUUUUUACUGAAAACAAGACAAAAAUACCAAGUAAUUUUUUGCAGUGUGACUCCAUUAAAUGUGUGUGUGUGUGUGUGUGUGUGUGUGUGUGUAGAUUAAACAUGAACGGGCCAAAACGGACAUGGCAGCAGGUCAAAAUCAAAUACAAGAACAUUCUGCAGAAUGCAGUGAAAAAGAAUACCCACAGACAAGGCACGGGUGGUGGGUCACCAAAGGCUGACCUUACCCCAGCAGAGGACAUGGCCUUGGAGCUAAAUAAAGGCAGGCCCGUCUUAGAGGGGAUCCCUGGGGGGAAAGAGACGAGCAUAGGUUCCUCCCAAGAUGCCACCCGCUUCAUUCAAGUGCCUGGCAGCACUGUGUUCCUGUUAGAGCCACCAGCACAAGCACCAGACGAUGCUGAUCCAGGUGAAGGCCCCAGUGCAGCAGCAACAGCACAUGAUGGAGACGAUGAUGAGGAGGAGACCAUCUCUCUGGAUUCCAGAAGGCAUGAGGACCCAGAUGCUAUACAGUGGGAAAACCAGCCUGGCAACAUAAGCUCACAAGCUAUCAGAAAGUUGUAUGGCAACCACCUCCGGCGCCAAAUAGAACUGGCAGACAUAGACAUUCAGUACAAGAAGAAAAAGAUGGAAAAUCUUGCACUGGAGUCCAAAAUAAAAAAGAGGACAAUUAGGAAACUGGACCUUGAAAUAAAAAAACUUGCGAGGGAGCUCCAAGAAGAUGACACAGCUCAAAAUAAAAAUUUGGUAUAUUCUCGUAAAGUCAAGUGAGCCAUGACAUAUGAGCUCUUAUUGUGAGCACACAGGACGGUGGCAUCUUUCUAAGGUUUUUUUUAUUUUCCCAGCAAUCAGUACAACCAAGUCAUCGUUAUAAGGCAUCGCCCUCUUUUGCCCACCCCCCCAGCACCAGGUGUGGCCACUAGCCUAUAUGAAGGCCCAAAAUUGUGUGUUCCUUUCUGCUCUGACAAUGGCAUGCCCAUUCGUGCGAGAUGUGGUGGAUGAAGAAGCACUUGUGCUGAGGAGAGCCUUCAGGCGAGAAAGGGUCUUCAGGGACCGGUUGGACCCACUGGCCUUCCCUGAUGACCAUCUAUAUGAAAGAUACAGGUUUUCUGCAGAUGGCAUCAGGUAUCUAUGCAGACUACUGGGUCCCAGGAUUAAGCACCGCACUGCACGGAGCCAUGCACUGAGUGUGGAGCAAAUGGUUUGUGUGGCCUUGCGCUUUUUGCUAGUGGAGCCUUCCUGUACUCAGUGGGGAUGCAGAACAGCUGAACAAGGCCACAAUUUGCCGCACAAUAAGGAGUGUGUGUCUGGCUAUCAAAGCAUUAGCAGAUGUCUUCAUCUCCUUCCCUGGCCACAGAAGACUCUGUGACAUCAAAGAGGAGUUCUAUAGGAUUGCAGGUAAGAGGAUCUACAAAUUACAGGACAACUGUUAACACAUAGUAGGAUACUCAUUACUUUGUGUGACAGGUUUCCCCAAUGUCAUUGGUGCAGUGGACUGCACACACAUAAGGAUAAAAGCCCCCUCAGGUGCCCAUGAGGCCGAUUUUGUGAAUAGGAAAUCCUUUCACAGCAUUAAUGUUCAGAUGGUCUGCAAUGCUGACUGUGUGAUCAGCAAUGUUGUGGCAAAAUGGCCUGGCUCAGUCCAUGACUCCAGAAUCUUUCGGGCCUCUGAAAUCUAUCAGUGCCUAUCACAAGGUGAAUUCUCUGGUGUGUUGCUGGGAGACAGGGGUAUGGCUGCCAGCCUUUUCUCCUGACACCUUUCACAGACCCCCAGGAAGCACAGCAGGCCUACAACCAUGCCCAUGCCAGGACCAGGGCCAGAGUUGAAAUGACCUUUGGCCUCCUGAAGGCACGCUUUCACUGCCUUCACAAAUUAAGGGUCAGCCCUGUUAGGGCAUGUGAUAUUACUGUGGCUUGUGCUGUCCUCCACAAUGUGGCCUGCCUGAGGAAGGAGAGGGCCCCAGAGUGCCACCAGCCAUGGACUGGGACAAUCCGGCAAUCUUCCCUGAUGACGACAGUGGUCGGCUGCUGAGGGACCAAUAUGUGUUGAAUUAUUUUAGUUAGUAUGUGUGCUUUCAAUUUUGGUUAAAUAUGUCCUGCGGUGGCAGAGGAAUUUGGGUUUUUUGGGUUCGUUUUUUGACGAAUUUGGCCUCUUAUGAUGUUUGUGCGGUAUACUGUGUGUAAUACAAGGCUGCAGGGAGGCUACUGCAUCCAUUCAUUUGUCUGUUCAGUUGAUGUGUAUGGAUUUGUCCUGCAUUUAUUUUAGUGUGCAGACAUGCAGGGUGUGUUAUAUACAGACCUUUGAAUGUGUAUGUAUCAUUUUGUAUAAUAUGCUUGGAUUCUGUGCUUUCCAUCUUGUAGAGUCACUGUGACUUCAGUUUCGAAAGGAGCUGAUGGUUUACCUGCUUUGUUUUGUCCUUAUUCAAUAAAGGAACAUAAUGUUACACAUUGUGUUUUUAUAUUCA